AUGCAUACCCGACCAACGUUCGUUGCGUCGAGCCUCGUCCCGUCGACGCGCCGCGAAGCGCAAGCACCCACCUCCGCUCCGAUGAACGCCAAGCGGUGUACGAAACUCUGCUUGGCGUUUCAUCGCAAGGCGUACUACCCCGUGGAUCCAUUGUUCGUGUUGCUGCGCAGUUCGUCCAUCCAACAAGGAUGCAUGUGUGCCGAUGUCGCGUCGAGAAUUCGCGGUAAACCUCUGUGA